GCACAGUUAAUAUUAUCAAUAUAGCCUCUGAGCAAGCGUAAAUUAUUGAUAGAAUGUUUUAUACAAUGGUUUUCAUAGUUUUUCGACUUGGUUUUUUCUCAAACUACACAUUGUUUUGUGCAUUCGGUUCUCUCGUCAGAUAAUGCGUUGAAACUGGAGGAUUUUGGAGCUCAAAGGAUUCCUCUCCUCUGGUGUGGUCAGUAGGGACUGGACCUGGGCAGUGUUGAUCUCAAGGAAAUGGGGCUACAGAAGGUGGGAAGAGAUAGUUGGGUUUUUUAAAAAACUAAACAAGAAACCCAGUAAAAAAAUAACCAACAUAUCGAGCAGAGAGCAUUCUGCAAAAUACCAAGGAGCAUUGUCUGAUGGGAAUAAAGGGAACUGUUCGCAGGAAUCAAGAUGGUCAUUUCAUCCACGCUAACAUCGAUCUGGACAUCAUUAUAACUGAAGAAACACCAAUAGGAGAUAUUUCGAAACCGGAGGAGAUCUUCCACAUCAUAGAGCACUUCUGCCUCGGUCGACGCAGACUCCACCUAUUUGGAACCGAUAACUCCAUACGCCCAGGUUGGUUGACAGUAGGUCCAGCAUUGACAUCCUCCAAUUUCUCCAAGGAAGUCUACCAGUGUUUCUUCGAGGGCUCUGCAGGCUACCUUCUCCAGCACUCGGAUGAGAUCGAGACACUGAGACCAAAGACCCCUCCACCCAAGGGGGGCAGGGGGGCAGGGAGGGGGGGCAGAGGAGGCAGAGGGAGAGGAAGAGGAGCUUUUUGAACUAGUCUAUAAUAUAGGCACAUUGCUGAUUCUUAUGAAUAAACUGCAGCAUUAUCCAUUUCUCCUACAUUCACACUUGCACAGUGAUUUUUUCAUUUCAGCUGUAAUCAUGAGAUAGGUGCCUUUCGCCGUCACACUGC